AUAAAAUUUAAGAAGUAAAAAAAAUAGUCUAUGGUUCAUGAAUUAGCUUCUCGUAAUACGCUACGAUUUUCGAUAAUGUGUUUGGAAAUAAACAGUAUAUCGGGUUAAUUUGGUUUUGUUUGUGUUCAAUUGUGCAAUUUAAAACCUGAAAAAUGUUUGUGAACUGUGAUUUGAGUGGUACAAAUAAAGAACAACGCUUUUGAUAUCACUAUUCCUCGCUGUGCGGAGUGACGCCAUUUUACGGGAAUGAUCAGCCCGCGGCUGCCUCAUACUAAGCCUGAUGUAAGGAUUGCUCUGUUCAAACGGAUGCAUGGAAACAAAUCUUUAUUCUUGCACUCGUGCUGGACGGACGAAUUCCGAGAAAACUAUGGAAGAUGGUAAUAUUGUCAAUACGAAAGACGAUAAAAACACAUCAGCGUCAUUGACAAACUUAUACGGCGAUCGGCCAGCGAAAUUAACCGCAAAUGGGCACGAAUUCGCUGGCGAGCCGUCCAGUCCGCCCGACGAGCCGUACGAGCAGUGCCGGCAGCCCGCCGACACUUCCAACGACGACAAGUUCAAAAAACGCAUCAACCCUCUUAGAAUACAUCUUGGCAAAAGACCUUUUGUCGAUAACUCUCUUCCGUACUAUAACGCCUGCAAGAAAAGAAAGCCUUCAUCAAAUAAACCUUGUGAUAGCAGCACACCUACACACUCAGUGCCCCGAGUGCCCAAACUUAUUCCUAAGAAUUUAGAUCGUAGUCAAUUUCACAAUGUAUCAUCACAAGCAGAGAGUGAUGCAAUCAAUGAACGAGACAAACCAGUGCCUCGGCUUGUGCCUAAAAGCCAGCUGUUACAGUUCAAAAAGGGUAAAGCAGAAAAGGGAGCCCAGUUGAAAGAAUAUGCACAGAGCUUGGGUCUUCAACCGAUGGUGAAGUUUAAGUGUCGGAAGUGCUGUUCCAUGUCAUUUAAAACCUUAGCCAUGUUGAAAGAACACCAGUUAGUGUGUCGAGCACAAGCAAAAGAGCCUGCGCUAAGCCCUGAGGCAGCACCUUGUCCCGAACCUAAUACCAGUGGACCAUCAAGAGUUACUAGAAAAGUUUAUUUGUGCUCAGCUUGUGGAACGUAUUAUGAGAACUGGAAUCUCUUUCUUCACAUGAGAGAAGUACACAACAGACAUAUUUGCCUAUUUUGUUUGGGUAUGUUUUCAAAAGCUGAGAAGUUAUCAUCUCAUCUCACAAAUAAACACAAUGUUAAAGAGUUUAGCUAUGAAAGUAAAGAAGAGUUCUUCAAUGUCUACAGUGGUACUUUGUAUUUAAUGUGCUGUGCAUGUGAUGAAAUAUGCAGUGAACAAGAUGAUUUUUUCAACCAUGAUUGUAAUAAUGUUAAGCCAAAACCUGUGCCUGUUCUUAUUAGCAAGAAUGCAGUCAAAACAAAUAGCAUAAAAAAUGCUAAAAAUGUCAAUGAAGUUUCAAGUAACGGGCCCACAAGUAUAGCAAAAGAACCAACAAAACCUAUGUUUGAUCGGAAAGACAAUUGUGAUGGUAAACUAGAGACAGUCACAUCUCAAACACAUAGGACUGCAGCUAUUAUACCUGAUACAAAUACUAGUGAACCAGUUGUUAGUGAUACAAGCAUCAGCUCUGAUAGUUCAAUUACAACUAGCAAGGACAACACAGUUGAUUCAGGAAUGGAACUUGAGAGUUCUGAUACAAAGCCAGUCUCAAGUCCAGUGCAGCAAACAGUUUUCAGUCCUGACAGAAGUAAACCAACAAUUCCGAAUGGUGAUGAAAGCUUUGAACAUUCUGAUGAAAGUGAUUCAGUUUCUGAUGAAGUUAAUGAACCAAUCAAGGAACCAUCACCAACUAAGCAGCAAGAAAAUGUUUGUGCUCCUGUAGAGAAAGAAAAGGAAUGUGGUAUCAAGUUAAAAUUAAGUUUGAACAAUGCAAAUUCACCUGUCAUCAUUAAUUCUACUGUAGACCCUACAAUCGGACAGCAAAAAGUUCAAAAGCCACCUACACGUGUGAGAAGACCACCAAAACGAUAUGAAAAAGAUGCACAUCUUGACCUUUCAGGACCCCCUAAAACACCAUCAAUUAAAAUGACAAUAUGUGACAGAGCAGACAGUCCAUUUGUAAAAACAACAAUUUUUGAAAAUAACAAAGAGACAACACUGAAAACUCUUUUAAAUAACAAUCUCGAAACUGCUUCUAAACCACCUGAAAUCAAAUUAGAAAACACUGUGAAAACUACAAUUUAUGAUAAUAAAUUAGAAGAUAUUAACACUCUCAAUAGAGUACCCAAAUUAACAGUGAGGGUCCCCAAGGAACUUUUGGAUAAAGAUUCAUCAAGUGAUUACUCUUCUGAUAGUGAUGUAAGUGAUAAACUGACAGUUGAUGAAAAUACCACCAUACAAGAAGAAGAAGAAGUUAAAACUAAAGCUGAGUCACCAACUGAACAUCCACCAAUUGAACCCUUGACACCACCGGCAGAGGUGAAGGUAGAAGAAUCUUUGCAACCAGAUGAGGACAUCCAGGUGAAAGAUGAAAAUGAAGAUGUUAAGCCAGAACCCAAACCUGAACCAGAAAUGGAAUUAGAGCAACCUGCUGAGCCAACAGUGGAAGAACCUACUAUACCUGUCACAGAAUUAUCUCUAGAUAAGCCACUUGAUAAGUAUCCACUGAAAGAUCUAUUGAAAGUGUUUUUGUCAUCCACUGUCCACAGUUGCAUAUAUUGCAAUCAUGUGCGGAAGAUUGCAGUCAAUUGUGAGCAACUAGCUUUACACAUGGUGGCACAGCACCGCUUUGCAGCUACUGUGGACAGCAUCACAGCGGAGGAGCUAAUGCCUGAAACUAUUACUGCUAAACUGAAGACAGGUGCCUCAGAACUCAAUUUGGUUUACAUAAACUUGGAUUCCUAUGACAGUGUAGAUAAGUGUGAUGAUGUUCAAUAUGACUAUAUGUUUGAGUGUUUUCAGUGUUAUUUCAAAACUGCUAUCCAUAAAGAUCUCUACUUACAUAAUCGUAAAAUGCAUCAAAAAACUAUAUUACUGUGUGUAAUGUGUAAAUCUAAUUUUUAUAGUUAUAGUGAAUUAAUAUGUCAUUUAUGUCCUGGAACAUAUGAUUCUGAAUAUGAGAUUAAGUUUAGAUGCUGCUUGUGCAAUGUAGAUGCUAUUCCAUCACCAUUUAGACUGAUGGUACACCUACGAAAAAUUCAUCAUACCUGUGAUGUCUGUCUGGAACUUUGUCACAAUCAAGCUCGCCUCUCAAAUCAUGUUUGGAAACAUAAACUGCACCACUUAUGUUACCGGUGUGGCAUUGCAUAUAGAAAUAAACCUGACAUAACCAAUCACUUGUUUUGGAAACAUGGCACUGAAAGUGUGCUGUGUAAGAAAUGUUUACAGAAAAAGUGGCCCCAUGUCUAUCACUUCUGUACACCUCCUGCUAUAUUUGUAUGUGAAGAAUGUAGUUUGCAAUUUACAAGAGCAGUUUACUUAAAAGUUCAUAAAAGAUUUCACUCUAAUGAGUUUCCCCAUGUUUGUACAGAAGAAGGUUGUACUGAGAAGUUUGUUUCCAAAAAACUCCUUAACAGACAUUUAGAUGAACAUAGAAAGAAAUUAAUAAUUGAAGAUUUGAAUGAAGUUAAGCCUACUGUGCCAAUUGAAGUAUUACAAGAAACAUCUAAAGACCCUGUACCUAUUAUUGAUUUGGAUGAUAUAAAACCGAAGGAGGAAGCUGGAACUUCCGAGCCGAAAGCUGAGUCUGGAACUGAGCAGCUAACCAAAAAAGAAAAGAAGAAGAAAUUAAAGGAUAAGGACGCCCUAUUACUCGAUGUGAAUUUACCGGCACUAAACCUUUCAGAAAGUGAUAGUAGUGAUGAAUCAGAUAGCGGUAUUCCGCCAACUAUUAAAGAUGAGAAAAUAGAAGAAAAGAUAAAGGAAGAAGACGGUCCUAAAGUAGAGUCCACGGAAUUAAAUCGGACAGAUGAUAAUACAGUGACUCAAAAGACAGAGGAGAAAACUGAGACCCUUGACGAGAAGCCAAACGAGCAGCAGGUGCUGGACAUAUGGGAUAACUUCAAAAAAUAUCAAGCAAAAGUUGAAAAGACAAAAGAAAAAACGCCUCCACUUGUACCAAUCAGAAAACAUGUCUGUGAAUCUGAUCACGAUUAUUGUUUGGUGCCGACUGACAUGAAUGGCGAUGAAGAUUUGUUCAACAGUAGUGACACUAAAAAGAAAAAUAAAAAAUCUCCCAAGAAACAACGUGGUGAUUUAUCAUCAACUAGUAGCAGCAGCAGCGAUUCCGAUUCCAGCUGCUCUUGUGGUUCUAACUGCAGUUGUUCAUCUAGCAGUGGUUCAUCUUCAUCCAGCUCCUCGGAUUCAGAUUCGUCAGACGACUCUGGAAAUGAAAAAGAAAAGAAAAAGACCAGACGUCUUAAAAAGGUGUUACCCAACAGGAGAUGCAGCACAGGUUCUAAUGUUGAUGUGAUGGGAGUAUCUGAAACACCUAUAUUGAUUCCUGAAAAAACGGAACCUCCAAUUGCGGAAACAGAUCUCGACACUGAUGAAAGUGAAACAGAUGAAGAGUUUUAUGAUGAGCAUCCGCAACGAAUAGGUAACAAGUUGUACGAAGAAAAACGUAAUCAGCUGAUGAAUCUCUCUUCUGUGGCGCCUUCAGACGCGGGUUCAAUAUCUGGCGAGCCUAGUAGACCUACUACACCUAUAAAGGAGGAAGAGAAAGAAGAAAAAGAACCCAAAGAGGAACCUGAAGUAAAAGUGAAAUCAGCUAGUAAGAAGAAGAGCAAAAAGAAAAAGAAAUCCAAGAAUUCCAAAAAGCAUGGGCCCAUAAAAAUUAACAUUCCUAAAGACAUCAUAUCAAAAUCUGAAGUAGAGACACCAGCGCCUCUAAUUCCUAAUAAGAUAACAAUAUCUUUACAAUCCAAUACAGUACAAAUCCCAGAAGCACCGAAACCUAGCCCAAUCGUGGCAGAAGUAAGCUCAUCUGCAUCUUCGGCCGAAAACAAACGAGCAUCUAAAAGGAGACGAGUCCCUAAUAAGUUCUACGGGUACUCUAGUGACGAAGAAGCGCCACAGCCUCACACUCCAGUCGCUGCAUUAAAACCGCAACAGCCUCCGAAACUGGAGUGGAGGAAAGAAGAUUUGCCGUCACCAGUGACUCACAAGGCGAAGAAAGAAGUACCAUCUACUGUGAUUUCGAGCAGACUGUACAAUUACACAGACCCCAUUAGGUUGACAGCCCCCAUUCCUGACCCCGAGCCGCCGCGUAUCUUAAUGAAUUCGGAAUCUAUGGAGUCGAGUGACUCUGAUUCGAGUGAGGAAGGGAACUUAGAAAUAUAUCAGCCUACCGGUCAGAGUUCCGUGCCGCCACCACCCACAUAUUUGAAUUCGGGGACCUCCAGCUUGCCGUACGCGUUCCAGAGGCCUGCCGUGCGGGAAGCACGCGAAGGCGAGAGUGUAUACUGCUACUGUCGAUGUCCAUACGAUGAGGUGUCCGAGAUGAUCGCGUGCGACGCUGAAGGCUGUCCCAUCGAAUGGUUCCAUUUCGAGUGUGUCGGUAUCAUGGUACCGCCUAAAGGCAAAUGGUACUGCCCCGAAUGUAGGAAAAAUCAAAGUUUCUCAGGUUACAGAUAAUUCUAAUUAAAUUGUAAGUGUAUAUAACAUUGCUGUAUUGUUAUUAUAUCUGUAUAUAACUUAUUGACGAUUGUAGAUAAUUAGGCUUUACCUGUAUAUCUUUGUAGGUAGUUUCUGUAAGUUUUAGGUUAUUAGGUCUGAAAAAAUGUAUCAUUGUUAUAAAAAGUACACGUUAUGCUUGAUACCGGCUGUGCAGCCACUUCUGUAACCUGGCAAAUUGUUAAUGACAUUAACCUACUGCAGCAGCGGAAAUAUAAAUCCGAUUUUUGAUACCAA